AAAGAUUAACCUAAAAUUCAAAACAUAACCUUAGAAACCUAGAAGAUCGCUAAGAAUAAAAAUAAACAUUGCUUGAAAUGUUCCUGGGAAAUACAUUUCUUAAAAAUAUAUGUGCUUCUUGCAUGCAAGUUCCAUUUGCUAGAGUAUCGAAUAAAGUUGUCCCUGGUAUUCGACGAAGACUUAAAAUUGCAGAGGGCACUGAAGAAACUGAUUUAGAUGAUCUUGAUUACGAGGCAAAUUUUGAGUCCUUUGGUCAUUCCCACAAACAGCAUAGAAAAGAGUUGAACGAAUUGAAGGAGAAAUUGCAAUGCGAUAUUGUAAAACAAAAAUAUUUCAAAGCUAAAUAUCCAAAUUUCUUAACGUGGCAUGACAAAGAACAAAUAAGGCAACUACAUAGGAAAGAUCCCGAGGAAUGGAAUUAUAUGACAUUGUCUGAAGGAUUUCCAGCUCUUCCUGAAAUAAUUAAAAAAGUCAUCAAAUCUAAUUGGAAAAUAGAGAAUGUUGAAAGAAUGAAGAAACAUGAUGAAUCAGUUAUGGAGAAUUGGAGGAAAUUGAAAAAUAAUGAGUUUGAAGAUUUGCCUGAUGAGUUAGUUUCACAUUUGAAGAAAUUUUCUAACAGAAAGAUUAAUCAUCACACUUAUGACAAUGUAGAAGACUAUUCGAAGAUUGAAUACAAACCUAAACUAACUUGCACAGAAUUUUCAGAAAUAAUAACUAGCUAUGAAGAAUUAACUAGAAAGGACGAAAGUCCCACAGCAAUCGAGGGUAAAAUUAGUAAUACAAAAGGAAAUGUCCCUGAUUUCAAGAAAAAAAUUUCUCAACCCAAUAAGAUGAAGGAUAGAAUAAGAAUGGAAUCAUCUAUUGAAGAAGAUACAUUUUUCACAGAACCAAUCAAAAAUAAACAACCAAUGACUUUAGGUACCUUAAGAAACAAAUUGCAAAAUGAUUUAGAAAAAGGCGGAAAUGUAACAUCGGAAGAUGUGCAAAUAAUUGAAAUGGAUAGGGAACUUGUUGAGAAAGCACCAGAAUCUGAGUCUUCAGUUGAUCAGUUGGACUAUACCAAAUACAAUACUGGUAAAUUAAUGAAGAUAGAUGAAAAGAAACCAAAGGAUUAUGACCAUUUGGUAUAUCCAGAAAAAAUAAAAAUUCCCAAAAAAAUUCUGAAAAAAGGUCACACUUACAAACUUAAUGAUUGUUUUUAUGAUAGUGAUGGUACAUUUUUGUAUAGAGUACCAGGCUUAUUAUAAGAUUAUUCAAUAAACAAAAGAUCUUGUGCUUUUUA